UCAUACUUCACGUGUCAGUCAGUUGUUAUUAAUUGUGUUUUGUGUGAAAAAACGCUCCAUUUGAAGAUAACAUGUCACAUACUGAUCAAUUGGUUUUUGGAGAAAGCGACUUCUCAAAUGAUGAUGAAAUUUUGGACAAGAAUUACGUGCCAAGUCCCCGCAAAAGGAGAAGGGUCUUCAAAAAAAAUUCUGGAAGCUCUAUAAAAAACCAGUCUUUUGAGGUGUCUGGAAAAACUAUUUUGAACGCGAGAUUUUAUACGGAUAUUGAAAAAAUUUCUGAUCAGAAUAAGAUGUCGACAAUUGCAAAAUGUGUCGGAUGUGAUCGGAAGAUAAGAGCUACUGGUGACGUGACCUCUAAUUUUGUGAAGCAUUUGCGGGUCAAACAUAGCGAAUUGUAUGCGGAAUACAAAAGUUUGAAGUCGGGCAGCCCUUUUGGCAAUUCUGCGCAAGCUGCCUUCGAUAGAAAGCUUUUGCAUGCUAUUGUUGAUGGAGCACUGCCUGUCUCAAUUUUAGAAAGAAGGUCUUUCAUAGACCUCUUGCAGACCAGUGGCAUGAAGAUAAUGAGCAGGCAAGUAGCUGUAAAAAAAUGGAAGGAGCAUUAUGGUGAAGUGGUACACAAAAUCAAGUCGGAAAUGGCCUCCGUAAAACACUUCUGUACAACCGGGGAUAUUUGGUCUGGGAACCACCGGAGCUUUUUGGGGUAUACUUGCCAUUGGCUCACAGAGAACCUGGAACGCAAGUCGGCUGCUCUUGCUUGCAGGAGAAUAUUCGGCGUGCACUCAGCUGAAAAAAUUGCGCAAAUCAUUGCCGAAAUUAAUGCCGGCUUUGGUCUGAACCCGUCCAAUGUUAUUAUGACGGUGACAGACAAUGGAUCCAAUUUUGUUAAGGCUUUCAAGGAGUACGGGUGUACGGAAACUGAAACUUCUUUUGAAGAUGAAAGCGAAAACGAUUUGCCAGUUUUCCAAAACGAGCUGCUGCUGCCAAAGCAUCUUCGAUGUUGCAGCCACACGCUGAAUUUACUUGCUUCCGCCGAUUACGUGAAGAUUUUGAGAAGUGAGCAGGCUUUGUAUAUCCAACAUUCGAUGACAUUCGAAAAAUGCAAUGCCUUGUGGAGGAAGUGCAAAUGGCCGAAGUCGUCGGAAAUUAUUGUGGAAUGCUUGGGAUCGACAUUGCUUGUGCCCGUUGUAACUCGGUGGAAUUCACUGUUUGACGCAGUAACGAAGUUACUUUGGGCAAAGGACAAGUUGAAUCCUUUGUGCGAAAGACUCAGCUUGUCACAAUUUUCUCCGAGCGAUUUGCAGUAUCUGGAGAUGUACCAGUUGUUGAUGGGGCCUAUUGCUCGUGCCUUGGACUACCUUCAAGGAGAAAAUAACGUGAAUUACGGCUGCUUAAUUCCGACUCUGAUGACCCUCAGCAAUAGAUUGAAUAAGCUGCAAAACAAGCCAGAAAUGCAGCAAGUUUCCUCUGUGGUUGCUAAGUUGGAGCAGCGUUUGAGAGAUCGGUUUGACGCAUUUUUUACUUAA